AUGGAUUGUGCUUUGAUGGAAACUACCACCCUCAUACCCAGCGACUCGCGGCAGCCUCAAAACUAUGCGCUGGUAGCAUCACCAAUGGAAACCCCGAAUCCGUCCGUGUUUUUGAACCUGCAGCUCCACGCCCUCCGCACCCUUACCAGCAUGGAAUGAACAGCUUAAGCAGAGCGCCACAAUCAAAAGAGGCUGUUUCCUUUCUCAAACUUCCGAUCAUGCAACAUACCACACAAAGGCCUCUUAGCGCCAUUUCUGAUAUACAAAAUGGCUAAUAAAUCCAUAAAACCUCCCGAAAAUGGGGCAUUCCUCGGAGUACAUUACAAGACGCCGGGUGCAAUUCCAAGCGAGGUAUGA